UCUCUGUCCCUCUUUCGGAUAGACAGAGUGGCUGCCUGCUGGAUCUCUGCCUUUCCCUCUUUUCCUCUUUUUUUCCUCUGGAUAUGGAGAUCAAAGGCCCAGAGACUCGCAGCAUCCAACAGCAGAUGGAGGGCUUCCAUAGACUACCUGCAAGCCCAACUAAGUCUAAUUACCUGAGAGCACUGCAGCUUUUGGAGUAGUUUCCUCCAGAGUUUUCUCCUCACCUGUCCAGACGGAAACACAGAAGUGAUAAGUUUGUUUGUUAGUCUUCUUGUCUUUAAUUUUUCUUCUUGCUGCAGCCUCGUCCUGUGCGCAGAGCUACAGGCUCUGAACUUUAUCUCCUCCCCUUUUCUCUUUCACUCGUUCAGCUGUCACUCUGUCUGUCACUCUCAGGAUAUCCCCUUCCCUCUUUCUAGGGUUUCAUAAUGCAUCAGGAUCUCAUUCAGAGGCAGGGGUGAAUUUAAACCCUGAGAAUAUGGACGAGUAAUGAGCGCUACUUCAGCAUGAAUCAACACACUGGGGUCAUGGAAAUAACGAAAGGUCACAGACAAGUGCCUCACAGAGCUUCACACUUAGCUUUGAAUAACUAGAUACAAAAUACUUUUUAAAUUAUUGACUUUUUAGCACUGUUUUUAGCUGAGGCUGAUUUUUCGGGAGCAGGUUUUUUUUGCACGUGUAUUUCUUGGAUACAGUAAUGGGGAAUGCAGCAGGAAGCAUGGAUAUACUCCAGGGGAAGGAGGGCAAGACGGUGUCUGCCCCUCCAGGCUCCACAGGCUCCCAGAAACGAACCGUGGGGCUGAAACUCCCGAUGCCACCUGAAGAAGAACUGGAGCAACGCUUCAGUGCAGUGCUGAACACGAUGAAUCUUCCUCCAGACAAGGUGAAGAUCCUCAGUCAGUAUGACAACGAGAAGAAGUGGGACCUGAUCUGUGACCAGGAGCGGUUUCAAGUGAAGAAUCCACCAUCCACUUAUUUGGAGAAGCUGAAGAGUUAUCUGGAUCAUGGAGGAGUCAGUCGAAAGUUUAAGAGACGUGUUCAGGAAUCCACUCAGAUCCUGAGAGAGUUGGAGAUUUCCCUGAGGACCAAUUAUAUCGGCUGGGCUCAGGAGUUCCUAAACGAGAAAAACCAAGGCUUAGACGUUCUUGUGGACUAUCUGUCCUUUGCCCAUAGUGCCGUCACGUAUGAUGUGGACACUUUGGACAAUGGCACGCUGCCCGCAGACAAAGGCAAAACUAUGGACAAGUCAGUGGAAGAUCUGAGCAGAAGUGCCAGCAACUCACCUACUCACAGUGCCUCGAAGGCCGGCAAGGCCUUCACAGUCAGAUUGAACUCUCUCCAAAACAGGAAAGCCCUGAGGAACUCUCGAGUCGUCAGUCAGACGGACGACGUUCAUCUCUGCAUCAUGUGUCUACGUGCCAUCAUGAACUAUCAGUCUGGGUUCAACCUGGUGAUGAAGCAUCCCUGCUGUGUCAACGAGAUCACACUCAGCCUCAACAACAGAAACCCAAGGACCAAGGCGCUGGUGCUGGAGCUGCUGGCGGCCGUGUGUUUGGUGAGGGGAGGCCAUGACAUCAUCCUCUCCGCCUUCGACAACUUCCAAGAGGUGUGUGGAGAGAGAAGUCGAUUUGAGAAGCUCAUGGAGUAUUUCCGAAAUGAAGACAGCAACAUCGACUUCAUGGUGGCCUGUAUGCAGUUCAUCAACAUCGUGGUCCACUCAGUGGAAAACAUGAACUUCAGAGUCUACCUCCAGUAUGAGUUCACGCAUCAUGGGCUGGAUGACUACCUCGAGAAGUUGAAGUUCACAGAGAGUGACAGACUGCUGGUGCAGAUUCAGGCCUAUCUGGACAAUGUGUUUGAUGUGGGCGCUCUACUGGAGGACGCAGAGACCAAGAACGCUCUGCUGGAACACAUGGAGGACCUGCAGGAACACAACUCACAGUUAAGCACCAGGCUGCAGGAGAGUGAGAGGGAGGCGAUGGAGAAAGUCUCAGAAUUGGAGAAGAAGCUCAUUCAGACCACAAAAGAAGUGGAGCUCUUAAAGGAGAGUCUACGCGAGUCCUGCUCCCAGGUGACUCUUCUGCAGCAGCGAGAACGAGAGAGAGAGCUAGAACGUGAGAGGGAGAGAGAGAGAGAGAGAGACAAGGACCGGUCCACCCAGGCCCUGAGGGAGCUGGAGGUGAAAGUUCAGGCUCUGGUGGAGCAGGGGCUGGUCCGAAUGGAGCGCUCCUCCUCUGGACACCUGGACGUUCAGGUGGUCCCCGUCAUCCAGCACGUCGCACAGACAGCUAAAGAAGAAGCAGAUUCAGGUAAUGACCUCGCGGCCGCUCAGCCACACCUCUCUGAGGGUCCUCUGCAGUCGGCAACAGUGCAGGCUCUGCCUCCACCACCUCCUCUUCCUCCUCCUCCACCACCAGCGGCUCCACCACCCCUGCUGCCUCCUGGAGGUGGUGCGACUGAUGGGAGCUCAGGUUGUAAAAAAAAGAAGCCCAUUCAAACCAAAUACCGCAUGCCGCUGUUAAACUGGCAGGCGCUGAAAUCCAGCCAGGUGGCAGGAACCAUCUUCAACGAGCUGGACGACGAGCACGUCUUAGAGGAGCUUAACAUGGCGUCUUUUGAGGAGCAGUUCAAGACCAAGGCCCAGUCCACUCCUGUAGAGCUGGGGACCCUCAAGAUGAAACGGGCCCACAAGACCCCCAGUAAAGUGUUUCUAAUGGAGCCCAACAGGGCCAAAAACCUGGCUAUCACCCUGCGCAAGGAAGGAAUGGCUGCAUCCGACAUCUGCUGUGCAAUUGAGACGUAUAACCAGAGAGCUCUGAGCCUGGACUUCCUCGAGCUCCUGGAGCGUUUCAUCCCCACAGAGUAUGAAAUGAAGCUCAUCCACAACUAUGAGUGUGAGGGCAGGCCCCUGGACGAGCUCAGCGAGGAGGACCGCUUCAUGGUGCGCUUCAGCAAGAUCCCACGGCUUUCCCAGCGUAUCAGCACUCUCACCUUCAUGGGCAAUUUCCCCGAGAGCGUCCCGCUAAUACAGCCUCAACUGAAUGCCCUCAUUGCUGCCUCGAUGUCGAUCAAAUCGUCCAGCAAGCUGAAGAAAAUCCUUGAGAUCAUCUUAGCAUUUGGAAACUACAUGAACAGCAGCAAACGAGGGGCAGCGUACGGCUUCCGCCUGCAGAGUUUAGAUUUGCUGUUAGACACCAAAUCUACAGACCGCAAGCAGACGUUGCUGCACUUCAUCGUCAGCAUCAUCCAGGAGAAAUAUCCAGAGGUCCAGUCCUUCUACUCAGAGCUGCACUUCCUGGACAAGGCGGCGCUGGUUUCUCUUGACAGCGUCCUGCAGGACGUGCGAGCUCUGGAGAGAGGCAUGGAGGUGACCAGGAGGGAGUUCUCCGUAGAAAAAGACAAUCCUGUGCUGCAGACGUUUCUCAGCAGCAACGCUGAGCUGCUCCACUCGCUUAUAGCUGAUGGAAAAACUGCCCAGGAUGCGUAUGACUCCGCUGUGGAGUACUUCGGAGAGAACUCUAAAACCACUCCGCCCUCCAUGUUCUUCCCUGUUUUUGUCAGGUUCAUCAAGGCGUACAAGCAAGCGGAGCAGGAGAACGAGCAGAGGAAGAGACAGCACGUUGUGAACUGUGAAGCUCCAUCAACACCAACUAAACCUGAAGUCAGCGGGAACAAGGUUCCAGUGACGUCCAAACUGCCACAGAUGGAUCUGAUAGCAGAGCUGAAGAAGAGGCAGGUGUCUCCUCUGGUGAGGGAGGGGAAGGACGGAGCCAUCGAGGACAUCAUCACAGCUCUAAAGUCCGUGCCCUUCACGGCUCGUUCUGCCAAACGCUCCUCUCGUCUCUUCUGCGACUCCGUCUUCAGCGACGAGGUUUAAGGAAUCAGCCGUACAGACGGACAGACGGCGGCCGACACAGCGCCAAGUGGAAACCAGGGCAACAGCUCCACGUGUCCUCAGACAUCUCCCUCUGAAAAACACUGCAGACCAGACUGAAAGCUAUAAAAGCACACAAAGACCUGACAUUUAACUCACCGUGGCAACGAUUUUACUCUCUCAUGCAUGUUUGAGAAUGCAGAGGUGAAAACGCACGUUUCCAAGAUAAAAAAAAAAUAAGCUGAAAUAUUCAACAAGCUAUUUCACACAAACUCUCUCUGAAUAAAAUAUAAACUUGGCUGAUUGUCGAAAUGUUCUGUGAUUUGAAUAAUCAAAUGUUAAAGAGUGAAUAUUAGCUGCACUUGAUGCUAACGACCCUGGAUGUUUGAUGAGCCAAUCAGCUAAAAGUGACUCCUCAAAGAGAAACUCGGAUCGACGGACCACUCGUAAAUCAUUUUUAUAGUUUUCUUAAAAAUGCUCAACAUGAUUUUUUUAAUUGGUUUUAUUAGAAUAUUAAUGACCACUGUCCAUCUUUCUGUCCUCUAGUAAAGUUUAGGUUGAAGAUUUGUAAUAUAUUUAAAUUAUUUUUAAUACUGAAGUGUAAGAAUGAGGAACUUCUACUCUGCUUCUGCAUUUCAACAAAUAAAGCAUUUUAUACCGUU